AUGUCGGUACACGGUGACGAAGCCCCAGGCCAGGGUACGUACACGUCGGCGGGCGGAAAGAUUGCCGCCACACUAAACAACUGGGCGUUGGCGCAACAACCACAUCCAUGUCCUGACCUAUCCGCCACCCUAGCAGACAAUCGACGCCACUUGACCAACGCAUCUCCCGAGCGUCUCUGUACCUGUUCAGUGAAGGUAGGCUGGGUGCAAGUUGUUUAUGAUGACUUGACCAAGUAUUUGGGGUUGGUUUUGACGGGGCAUGCUCCGUCUUCCAUUUCUGCAGUCUUCCAUCGUCACAAAUAUUGA